AGCCAAUCGGAGUCGAUUUACGGGUACCUCCCAUACAAAAGUGUCAAUUUUUUGAGGUUUUUCUUGGGGCAAGUACCCCAGGAUCAAAUCGAAAAUGGCUCAUCUUAGAACUUAAACUAAGUUUAUUGGAUACAAAACUUUUGGGACUUUCAGAUUUGGAUUAUCUCAAUUAUUUUUUGAGUUAUCGUGUUAACAAACAGCUACGACGACGGCACACGAACGGAAAAGUGUCUCAAAAAGAAGUUUUCUACGCGUUUCAUGAGUUUUUAUGAUGAUCUAAGCUAAUUUUGCGAAAAAAGUUUUCGGGACCAAUUCCUAUACUUUCCCUUGACACAUUGUGUACGGAAAAGUAAAAGUUGGUAUUUUUGUUUUCUAUCGUUGAUUCAUAAUCGUUGUUGUUUCUAUCGCUUGAUAUGAAAGUGCAAGGAGGUUAUCAAUUUCAAUGCAAUGAAUUUGAAAUAGGGACAGAAUGUGCGAUGUUUUUCGCGAAGAGAAUUUUAGUCGCAAUCGAUUUGUUCAAAGAUGCAGUUGUGUUUUCUGUUCAAUUUGGUGAUUUUGUGGUUUUAUGAUGUCUCUGAUGAAAUUUUAACCCAAAAUGAAUUGUUGGGUGUGCAUACUUGGUGGCAUUCGAAUCACGAACUAAAUGCCAGAACGCCCGUUGCCGAUAAUGCCGUUCGACGUUCACCAUUUUAUAACAUUUGGGUAGCAACCAUAGAAAAACCCGAUGUAAAAUUUGAUUCGUUUGUCUACAUGUCGAUACCACGUGGCGGUCGUGACAAAUGGGGCUACAGCAAUGAGGAUGGUGCUGAAUUUUCGGCCGAUGAAGCGCAUUUAACUAUGAGUUGGUCAUCGUUUUUGUACGAUACAGAUUCUUGGGUUUACGUUCAAAAUAAUAACCACCUUGAGUCGGCUACGAAUGUAACGAUUCGUCCAUCAUCGUUGAAAUGGCAGACUGAAUGGUUGGACAAUGGAACAAUUCGUAUAUUGGUUCCGUAUUCUGAUGAUGGUUUUCGAUUUUCCAUUGAAUUUGAAUCGGAAUUGUACACGGCGUACAAUGAUUUGAACGGGGUCAGCGGUAAAUUGAAUGACAAGGGUUUUGGUCGUGCAAUUCAUACCGAACCGCGCAAUGCAAUUUUGGUGUUUGCUGAAUCUUUUCAGAAAAUGCAUCGAUACACGCCAAAUUUGUUAAUGGGAAGCAUUUAUUAUGUCAAACCGGGUUUAUUGAACAAUUUGGAUAAUGUUACCGAUGACAUUAUUUAUUUUCGGGCUGGAGUUUACUACAUGCCAUGGAAUUAUCAUGCCAAACUGACGGAGCAUGUGAAAUGGAUUUAUUUUGAACCGGGUUCGUUCGUCAAGGGUGCAUUUCAAUUUUUACACGAUGCUCAAAAUGCGUUCAAAUUUACCGGUUUCGGUGUAUUGUCUGGGGAGAAAUACGUUUACGAAGCGGACACAAACAACGAAUAUCGACACAAACGGACAUUCAAUUGUCAUGGCAGUUGUGUGAAAUUAUUGCGUUUUUCGUCGGCGUUUGGGCGACAACAGUCUUUGACACUGGCCGGUGUUACAUUCGUGGAACCGCCGUAUCACUCGUUUGUUGUUCAUGGUGAUGAGGACAGUUUCGAGAUGUUGGUUGAAAAUUUCAAAAUGGUCGGAGCAUGGUAUUGGCAAACGGAUGGAAUCGAACUGUAUACCAAUGGAAAAAUGAAAAAUACAUUUUUCCAUUCAAACGAUGAUGUAUUGAAGAUCUAUCAUGGUAAUUUAACAAUUAACAAUACGGUGAUUUGGAAAAAUGAAAAUGGACCGGUGGUACAGUGGGGAUGGUCGCCGCGUAACAUUACAAAUGUUUUUGUAAAUAAUACGUUUGUCAUUCAUAACAAAAUGUAUUGGUCCGAUGUGAAAGGGAACACGUGCAUCCUGAAUUCAUCACCGUCUUGGUCACCCAAGGACAUUAAACCCGAUCCAGAAACCAGUAUUUCGGAUUUAUAUUUUGAAAAUUUGCACGUAGAAGGCAUGACCAAUUGCGCUAUACGUUUGUACGCUUUAUCAAACACAAAUCAUAUUAAAGUGAAAAAUUUCCAAAUUGAUGGGUGGAAUGAUCUGGAUGCGACAUCACAAGCAAGCAAAUUUCAACGCACAUCGACCGAAAUCUCAAUUGGUGCGAACGCAAUUAGUUUUGAAAACUUUAAAAUUGGAAAUCAACAGGUUUCGAAAAACAACGACAAUUGGGAUGCGAAAUCACUUGGUCGCUUAGAUUUCGAUGCUGAAUUAUAUAAAAAGUGGAAUGCAGUAUAAUAUUUGGUUUUACACUGACCUAUUUAGAAUAUAAAACAAGUCAUUAUGGUUCGUGUGACGAAGUUUGCCUAUUAAAACGAAUAAUGAAGCGUUAGCUGA